AUGACUGAAGUCGUGUCUGCGACAGUGUCCGAAGCCGGGCCAGCCCAGGCGAAGUCUCGUCCUGCCCCUGCCCGUUCCUCUAGACCCAAUUACAGGCAUAUCCAUCGCUUUCCUCUUCCAGUCAAUGUCCAUCCUAUUCCUGCUGUAAUUCCUCAUAACCCUCUGUCUAUCAUAAGCGCUGUCCUCUCGUACCUCACAUUUCUUAUAACCCCUCCACGCCAAGAAACCUAUACUGCAUACUUUGACUCAGCUACCUCAUCCGUCCAUGUCACCGAUGAGAAGGUGAUCCGGGCAUUGUGGGAGAUGGGGUUCUUCGGUAAAGGUAGUCUGAGUCGAAGUGAGCCGAGCUGGCUGGAGCGAGAGAAGAAGAGGAGGGGUCUGCUAGGGGGAUUACCAAUGAGGAGGCUGUAA